GCGUAAGUAAAUUCUUGUCGGUCCCUCCCUCUCUCCCUUCCACUGCUACUUCUACAUAUAAAUAAAUUAAUAAAUAUAACAAUUAUCCAAAUCAAUCGCAUCCCACCCACCGUCCCACUUCUUCAUCUUCAUCAUCAAUUCAAUUUUGGGUGCGGGUACCUUUUUAGUUUUAUCCCUUUCGGAAUCUGUUCUCGGUGGUUGGAACAAUAACAAUAAUAAUGGUGCGUCUGAGCAACAAUUUACUGGGGAUUCUGAACAUAGUGACGCUGGUGCUGUCGAUUCCGAUCAUCGGCAGCGGGAUCUGGCUGUCGAGGCAGGCGACGACGGAGUGCGAGCAGUUUCUGGAGCAGCCGGUGAUCGCUCUGGGUGCGUUUGUUCUGUUGGUAUCCAUAGCCGGGUUGGUGGGAUCUUGCUGCAGAGUCUCGUGGCUGCUCUGGCUCUACUUAUUCGUCAUGUUCCUCUUGAUUCUCCUGCUCUUCGGCUUCACCAUCUUCGCGUUUGUGGUGACCAAUAAAGGCGCUGGCGAGGCAAUUUCGGGCAAGGGUUACAAGGAGUACAGACUUGGGGGAUAUUCUGAUUGGCUCCAGAAAAGGGUGAGCAAGCACUGGGACAGGGUCAGCAAUUGUUUAAUGACCACCAACAUUUGCCACAGGAUGCUCGAAGAUCAGUCCACCGCUGCUCAGGAUUUUUACAGGAGACACCUCUCAGCCCUUCAGUCUGGGUGUUGCAAGCCAUCGAAUGACUGCCAAUUUGUGUACGUGAGCCCGACCAACUGGACUGGCACGUCUGAAUCGAGCAAUCCUGACUGCGGCAGAUGGAGCAAUGAUCCGAAUGUGCUGUGCUACAGGUGUGAGGCUUGCAAGGCGGGGCUGUUGGACAGCAUAAAGAGCAACUGGAGGAGAGUAGCUGUGAUCAACAUAAUAUUCCUGGUAUUCUUAGUUGUUGUUUACUCUGUAGGAUGCUGCGCCUUCCGCAACAACAGGGAGGACAACAGCCGCUGGGGUAAUUGGAAAAUGUAGUAGUUGUUCAUGUGUUCUUGUAGAAAUUGAUUAUGUCUGAAAUUUGGAUGUGGAUGUGGAUGUGGCGGUGUGUUUAGGCAUUUUACAUUUGCUGAUAGACAGACAGACAAUUAAGUAACCCGUGUAUAAUAUUUGUGCUCGUUUGUUUGUAAUCCAACAGUGGGUUUUCUUC